GAGCUAGAUCUCGCGAGAGGAAACGAGAAUCCAAACGCUAGCGACCGCGCUAGCCAGUUUUGCGUAACAUUUGAAAUUAAUGUCGUUUUGUUGUGGCCACAAUGUCCGGAGUGACAAACUUCGGGUUCUCUGGGAGUAGUCAAGCAAACUCCGGAGCAGUCGCAUACCGGAAAAAGGAGUGCAGCCCGUCGGCUUGGUUCUGGGAGAGCCCCGAUACUUCAGCUCAGUUGGAGCUGGUGCGACAGUGGAUCGGGAGGCACUACAAAAAGUAUGUGGUGGUGGAUGCCCCAUCUUGCCAGUCUCUGGCUGCACUCACCAUGCAGCUUCUCCAAUUUCAAGAGGAUGCCUUUGGCAGAAAUGCUUCCAAUCCAACACUCACAAAACUUCCUGCACAUUGUUUCAUGGACUUGCGACCAGGUGGUGGACUUAGUCACAUCCUUGGCACUGCUUACAAGUUCAAAGUUGAACAGGGCUGGCGAAGGUUUGACCUGCAGAAUGUAUCAAGAACAGAGAGAAAUGUAGAGAUGUUUGCUGUGAUUGAAAAGACUCUUCUGCAGAACAACUGCAUGUCUCUGCCGGUGGUGUGUCUGGACUCUUCUCUGGACCAUGACCUGGCUAGCAGACUAACUGGGAUUGUCAUCAGGCAUCAGGGUUCAAUCACAGAGGACAGAACGAUGGCCAGUCACCAUGUCUGUGCAUCAGCUGGUCCAAUAGAAGAAGACGAAUGGAUGCGUCCUGUUACGCAAAGAGACAAUCACGUCCAAGUUCACUGGGGCAUGCAUCCUGACAGCUAUGACAGCUGGCUGUCCUCAAGUGACAUUGAAGGAGACGUUGAGGAGCUGCCUCACAUCCAAAGGCCUUGGAGGGUUCACCCUGGUUGGGUUCUGGAUACAGACGUCUUCAAUGAGUGGAUGAAUGAGGAAGACUAUUGUGUAAAUGAAAAGAACAUACCUGUCAGUCUGCGCCGGAGGAUUCAUCUUCAAGGAGAACCGGAUCCAAAGUCUGCUCAUUCCAAGAAGAGAAGACGCUCCCCAUCGCCUUUUUCUGAAGGCAAGAAGAAAGGAAAGAAGGGGAAAAGACGUGGACAACAGGAAGAAGAGCCGGAGGAGGAUCUGACCAAAGAUAUGGAGGACCCGACCCCAGUGCCUAACAUGGAGGAGGUUGUAUUACCAAAAAAUGUGAACUUAAAGAAAGACAGUGAGAAUACUCCAGUGAAAGGAGGGAUCAUGGCCGACCUUGAUGAUCAAGAAGAUGACUUUCCUGGAAGGGACGAUGACGACGGAAGAGGCGAGAUCUCACGUUUGUCAGAGGGAGAGGAAAACAUUGUGGAACAAACGCAUCAUAUUAUAAUACCUAGUUAUACGUCAUGGUUCAACAACAACAGCAUCCACUCAAUAGAGAAACGAGCUUUGCCUGAAUUCUUCAAUGGGAAAAACAAAUCCAAAACUCCUGAAAUCUACCUGGCGUAUCGGAACUUCAUGAUCGACACGUACCGCCUAAACCCUCAGGAGUACCUCAGCUCGACGACCUGCAGACGUAACCUGACAGGAGAUGUCUGCUCGCUCAUCAGGGUUCAUGCCUUUUUGGAGCAGUGGGGUUUAAUCAACUACCAAGUGGAUGCAGAAAGUCGGCCCCUUCCAAUGGGACCUCCUCCCACUCCUCAUUUCAACGUGUUAGCCGACACGCCGUCUGGGCUUGCUCCUCUUCAACACAAACCCUUACAGGUGUCUGCUUCACAGCACAUGCUGUAUUUUCCAGAGAGGGGCAGAGAGAAAUCUUCAGACUGUCAGAACUUUGGGUUACGCACUGAUGUCUACGCCAGAAAACAUCCAAAGACUAAAGGAGCAAACGCAGGAAGAGAAUGGACAGAGCAAGAAACACUUCUGCUAUUGGAGGCUCUAGAGGUUUACAGGGACGACUGGAACAAAGUAUCGGAGCACGUUGGUUCCAGAACUCAGGAUGAAUGUAUCCUUCACUUCCUCCGCCUGCCGAUAGAAGACCCUUACCUGGAGGACUCCUCGGCCUCGCUGGGCCCGCUGGCGUUUCAGCCGGUGCCUUUCAGCCAAUCGGAAAACCCUGUGAUGAGCACAGUGGCCUUUCUGGCAUCUGUGGUAGAUCCACGAGUGGCAUCUGCUGCAGCCAAAGCUGCACUUGAGGAGUUUUCCAAAGUGCAGGAUGAGUUUGUGGAUAAAGGUUCUGACCCGUCCCACCAGUCUGAGAAAACAGAUGUGAUGGACCCUGAAAAUCUGGACUCCAACCCCCAUCAGGCACUCGUGAUGGUUGAUGGGGUCAAGAUGGAACCUGGCGUUUCUAAACUGGAGGACGACCAGGUCAAAAGUGAAAAUGCACACUCUGAAGAGAGAGAAGGAUUUUAUUUUCCAGAAGGGGUUUGUGACGACGCCAUAAGACACGGCGAGGGAGAUGACGGGGGGAGAGUAAUGGAAGUGGAGUUGGUGGAAGGCAGCGUUUCCACGGCAGCGGCAGCAGCACUGUCUUCAGCUGCAACGAAAGCAAAGCACUUAGCAGCUGUAGAAGAACGUAAGAUCAAGUCCCUUGUGGCUCUGCUGGUGGAGACACAGAUGAAGAAGCUGGAGAUCAAGUUGAGACAUUUUGAAGAACUGGAGACUAUUAUGGACAGAGAGAAAGAGGCACUAGAACAGCAGCGACAGCAGCUUCUGACAGAAAGACAGACUUUCCACACUGAGCAGCUAAAGCAGGCAGAGCUGAAAGUUCGCCAGCAGAGGGAGCAGCAGCAGGGACAGCCUGGAUACUCUGCGCAGAACACUGGUCAGUCUGUACCCAACCGCGUGAUGCCAGGGGGAGGAAACCCCCCUCAGACAAUGGCUCCCCGACAUCCAGGAGCUCCCAACGGCAUGUAUCCGUCCUCACAGCCUGAUGGAAUAGCGUCGACUCAGUCUGCUCUUCCACCGAGUCACAGCUAAACGGACCAGAGAAUGGGACUCGCUCUGAAAAACGUCUGCUUCUACCAACCGACCAGACCAAUGCCUUUCACAGCUGUUAAAACAGCCACUCAGACUCAAGUCUGUAACUCAUCCUUAAUUCUGUGUUUGAGACUGAAAGCUUCACAAACGUGUCAAGUUGAAAUGUAUCUGGUCUAAAGCCUGGUUUGUCUCUGUGAACUGUUUGUGUUCAUGUCAUGAGUUGAGAAGUGUGUACUUAACUCAUUAAAGUUGUUUUUAUAUUGAA